UUACAGAGAAGAAAAGGAAUAAGGGGCGGGGAUGUUGACUUUGCGUUGACAAUUUGGCGCGGGAAAAAAGUAGCCGGGCCCACCAUCCAUCCCUAGUAUAACUAUGUGUGAGUGACACCUCUUAACACCAUUGCUUUGCGUGCAAAGAGUGAUCAGAUGACUUCCACCGGCGAGCGGAGACGCGACAACACCGGCGGCAGCUUGGUGGCCGGCACCCGGUUCUUCAAGAUCAUCCUUCAGAGCACCCUUCGUGACAGAAAGCUCCUGAUUCCUGGUAAAUUCGUCGGAAACGGCGAUGAGGGUUUGCCGAAAUCCGCAAUCUUGAAGGUCCCAAGUGGCGCGACGUGGGCGGUGGAUGUGGUUAGGGACGAAAUCGGGGUCUGGUUCAGCAAUGGAUGGGGGGAAUUCGCGGAGUUCCACUCCUUGGAAUUUGGGCAUUUCUUGGUUUUCGAGUACGAGGGUUGCUCCAGAUUCUCCGUAGUCAUAUGUGAUAAGACUGCUGUUGAGAUUGCUUACCCGAUCCCCAGAACUUGUGAAGCAAAUGUCGAAGGAAUUGGGGAUUGCUUUGAUACCCGCACGAGAAAGAAGUCGAAAUCCCUAAUUGAGGUUUCUCAGCGUCAAGUUAAGAGCAAGAAGAAGAUGAGGAUGGGGGGUAGUAUUUCUGAUGGAAUACCAGAAUCAAGGAGGGCAAGCUCGAUCAGUCCAAGCUUCUUCAUUACCAUAAGUCAAUACAUGGAGAGAUAUGCAAGUGUGCCGAUUGAUUUUGUGAUCAAACACAUGAAGCUUGAGAAAAGCACUGUGAUGGUUUAUGGGGAAGAUGGCUUGGGCCCGUGGUGCUUGUCCUUCGUCUUUAGACCAGACAGUAAACCUCGAAGGGGACGUGGACGGGGCUUCUUCUGUGGCGGUUGGUCAGCAUUCUGUAAUCGCAACUCUCUGAAACUGGGGGAUGUCUGCCGUUUCAAGCUCAUCUCCAGUAAUAAGAUGGAAGUGACUAUUCAGAGGAAUUAAGUUUAUGCGCUCCUGCUGAAAGUCACAAUUGUAAUUCGUAAGAGAAUGUGUUUGAUUAGAUUCUGCCUGUUGUUUGUUGUGUUCUUUGGAAAACUGUUCCUCUUUAUGCUUUGCUUGUGUUGAAAUUUUGCACCAGGGAAGAAAACUUAUUAAUGCUUCAUGAGGAUGCAGGACUUUUGUCUGCCAUGCCAUAUUUCAUCUUUGUUUCUUCAGUUUAACAUUUCUGUGUCCAGCCAGCUGCAAAUGAAAUCAAUGUAAAAAGGAAGCAGUGGAUUAUAUAUAUAUUUUAAUAUAACUGAUCUCUUCCAUUUGGGCGGGAAAUAUAGUUCUGGUCAAAUU